AAUAAUCAAACAUUUCUUAAUCGAAAUACGUUUAAUCCUUAAUUUUUUCGCAAUGUCGCCCUAAAGUGCCUACAUUUCUAUCUAAAAUUGGACGUAGAGGGUGCACCUUUGCGCAGAGACUGGUUUAAUGCUGAGAGGCUCCUCUGGGUGCACAAAGACAGCGGCUCGCAGACGAACUUGUUCAGAGUGAUCCGGGGACGCUGGGAGGCGAAAUAAACAAUCUCCGGACUCGAAGUAGCUACAACCGCGGAGUUUUACCUCUUCAAACACACUAUUCCACCACUCAUCCAACCGAUACAAGGUUCCAGGACUGUGCUGGUGGUGAACCUGUGGUGCAGCAGGCCGCACUUGGCAGCAUGGUGAAGGUCCAGAGGUCAACCAGGAGGAAGAGCUCUCACUGUCUCCGCAGACUGGAGGUCCCACAGAGUGCGGGUCAGACUGAGAUGGAUGAAGGCCCGCUGCAGCCAAACACCCGGCAGCCACCACAGGAGGAGCCCCGAGGAGCAGACCAGCCAUCUGAUGAAGCACAGCUCCAGACCUCUGCUUCAGUUGAAGCGCUGUCGGAGAACUUGGACCAGAAGGAGACUCCGAUAGACGACCAGGAAAAGGACGACUCCGCGGCCCAGCUCCAAGCCAAGCCUCUGUGGAAGCCCAUUCCCCCUCUGCUCCCUGACUCAAACAUGAGUGCUACCGCUAAGACCAGGGACCAGAUCUGCCAGACUGAGGAGCGGCUUCAGCAGACCGGCGCUGGCAGCCAUGGUCCCUGUGUGGAGCCUGGAGAUCCCCCUCUGCUCCAGCAGCCUCUGCAGACCUCCAAGUCAGGGAUUCAGCAGAUAAUUGAAUGCUUCCGUUCAGGCACGAGCCAGCUGAAACACAUGCUGCUGAGGGAGGUGGACACCAUCUUUGAGUGUAAACUGUGUCGCAGUCUGUUCAGAGGCCUGCCCAACCUCAUCACACACAAAGAGUACUACUGCCUCUCACGGCUGCCCGAGCCCGACGGUUCGUCGGGUGAUGACAAACAGAGUGUAGCCAUGAAGGAUUUGUUGGACGUCAUAUAUCCCAGAGCCCCAGACUACGUGGUCCGAUUGGAGCCCAUUCAGACCACUACCAAGGCCGUGUUCCAGUACCUCACCACAGAGGAGGAGCUGGCUAGAUAUCCAUCGCAGACACCCAGUGCCAGAGAGAGUCCGGUAGCAUGGGAAGGAGAACAAGUGGAGGGUGCGGACAGCAACCAGGCGAGCCAGCCAGAGAGCCAAAGCAGCCCGGGGAACAAUGCGGGACAGAAGAGAUGGGAGGCUGAGGAGGAGGCUAAAGAGGAGCAGCCACAGCAGGAAGACGAGGCGUCCACCAGUGGGGUUGAGGAUGUGACAAUCUCCUGUUGUCUGUGCGGUCAGGAGUUUAACUCACGCCGCAGCAUCAGACGUCACUGUCGCAAGAUGCACCAGACCAAACUAGAAGAGCUCCGAAAGUUCACAGAGACACGCACAGUUCCCACAAGCCUGCUCUCAAUGGUGAAAGGAGGUCGGCCAAGGACUCUCAGCACACCUACUGGAAAAUCCUGCCCUGUGUGCUUCAAAGCCUUCGCAACCAAAGCCAACGUACGUCGUCAUUUUGACGAGGUGCACCGUGGUCUACGGAGGGACACCAUCACACCCAGCAUUGCCUCGCGGCCUGGCCAGCCCUUCUCUCUGGAGGUCACCCCCCCUAGGAAGAGCAACACUUCCUCUCCAACACGUAGCAACACCUCCAAGUCCACCCCCGUGAACUCUAAAACACCGCCUUCGAACCCAAUCCAGCCCAAACCUCCGAGUCAGCCCCCCGCCUCUCCACAGGCAGCCCCGGUCUCAUGUCGCUGCACGCUCUGCAAGAGGAACUACAGCUCUCAGCUCAUGUUGAAGAGACACAUGCGUAUCGUCCACAAAAUAUACAGCAUCAAAAGCAACAGGUCUGCUACCACGCCAGCCCCCCCCGUUCCGGCGGCCACACCUCAAAGCACCAGCGCUAACUUAGCACCAAGCAACAACGUCCGUGUGAAAGAGGAAGCAGUAGAACCUUCAGAUGAAGAGGAGGAGGAAGAGGAGGAGGAGGAGGAAGAGGAGGAGGAGGAGGAGGAGGAGGACGAGGACGCUGACAGUAGCCCGACCCCAUCUCCUACUGACAGCACUGGGACAGCUAAAGGUGUAGCUGUGGCGAACAACACCACGAACGUGAAGGAAGAGCAGGCCCCGUCGAGCCCAAAGGCCACGCCAUCCUUAUAUUCGUCAUCCUCACGCGGUGGCAGCACGAGCAGCGGGAGUGGCGUCGCCAAGACGACCAAACUGUCAGUGGGUUUCGACUUCAAGCAGCUCUUCUGCAAACUGUGCAAGAGACAGUUCAGCUCACGUCAGAACUUAACAAAGCACAUUGAGCUGCACACAGACGGCAACGACAUCUUCAUUAAGUUCUACCGCUGCCCUCUCUGUCGCUACGAGUCCCGUCGCAAGCGUGACGUGCUGCGCCAUGUGACUGUGGUCCACAAGAAGUCGUCUGCGUACCUAGGCAAGAUCAUGCCCAAACUGGAGAGCAGGGCGGUGAAGAGGCAAGCCGAGGCCGUCCUCAACAGCUCGACCCCCAGCAAGAGGACAAGCGGCAGCGUCAAAGAGGAAGUGAACGGGCGUCACGCUUCUUCUUCCUCCUCCUCCUCCCCAUCACCUCCUGUCACCCGCAAGCAGGAGUCCUCCACAGCUGCACCAACCACCCCAUCAGCGUCCUCCUCCUCCGCCUCUUCCUCCGCCCCGCCUGCUGCCCCUGUCACUCGGAAGCAGCAGGACCUCUCAUCGCCAGCGGUCACCCCGUCCCCUCCUGUCACCCGUAAGCAGGAGAGACAGCAGACCCACCAGCCUCGUCCCAUCAGCCCCCCACUCACCCGCCGCAGUGAAAAACACACACACCAACGCAACUCCUCCUCCUGCACAUCGCCCAGCAACCAAACCCCACACACCCGAAGGCACGACGGCCAAUCGGAGAGCGGCGGCACAGGGUCGUCGUCCUCCACUGAAGUCAGAGUGACCAAGAACUUCUCCCUCCACGCCUGCGACCAGUGUGGACGGGCCUUUGCCAAGAAGCUGUACCUUGAGUCUCACAAGCGGAGUCAUCGCAACGCAGCGACGGCGGCAGCCAGCAGGAGGAAAGGAGUCAGCACCCGCUCCAAAUCCCUGGUCUGGUGAAACACACACACACACUUCUGCUGGGGAUAACGGACGAGCGAGCCGCUAACAAUGAGAGAAUGAAAACGUUCAAUCGGGGAAACAAUGGACGAAUGGAACGAGCACAGAGCAGAGAUGAAGGAAACAAAAAGGAACAACGAAGGACUGAAGUGCAAAGGAUUUCCACCUUUUGCUUAAGAACCAAAUAUAUAGUUGGAAUCUGACAUUUCUUUUGUAUAGUUUCAUUAAGAAGCCAGUCAAACGGUGGCGCUGCUGUCCACAGACAGAAGAUUCAU